UUAUUUUCAAACUCUGAUUUUCGUUUGAUCUUCUUCUUCAACUUUCUUUUCCCAGAAAGUGGAAUCCAUGGCACUUGAAACUUGGCUGAUUAAAGUGAAAAAAUCCAUAUCCAACAGCUUAGAUACCGCAAGAAUUUCAGUCCCGAACUCGAAAGUUUCAAAGCAUAAAUCUAGUGUCGGGAUUUUGUCAUUUGAAAUCGCCGGCCUCAUGUCAAAGCUUAUCCAUUUAUGGAAUUCUCUUUCAGACAAGACCGUAAUUCGUCUUCGAGACGAAUCCAUAUCUCUGGAAGGUGUCCGAAAGAUGGUCUCCAACGACGAGUCUUUCCUGCUGGGGCUGGCGUGUGCCGAGAUGGUCGAGAUCGUUAGGGUGGUGGCUAAGCAUGUUUCGAGGAUAAGCAAGCGGUGCCAGGACUCGACUCUUCAGAGUUUCGAUCGGUGGUUCGAUGAGUUCGCCAAUUCGGGUCACGAUAGCCAUGGAUGGGUUCUGAGUUCCAAAGACAUGGAAGCUAAGAACAAGACGAUGGACCGGUACGUGACGAUCACGGCGACUUUGUAUAAAGAAAUGGAGGAGUUGUCCACUACGGAGAAGAAUUUGAGCAAGAGUUUUCAGUGUAAAGAAGCGAUCAAAGAGCAGAAGAUUGCCGAUCUACAGCAGAAGCUUUGCUGGCAAAGGCAAGAGGUUAAGUACUUAAAAGAGAGAGCCUUAUGGAACAGAAGCUUCGACAUGGUUGUUUCCAUGGUUGUGAGAUCGAUCUUCACUGUUUUAGCAAGGAUCAAGCUUGUUUUCGGGAUCGGUCCUUCUUUAUUACCACGAAGCCUCUCCGCUUCCGCAACCGUUCAUCCAACCGAAAAUCCUAAACCCAAAGAAAACAAAGACUCCACGCUCGGGUUCUUCGAGUCGAACUCGAAGCUUCUGAAGCCGCCGCCGAGCACAUUAGGCGCGGCAGCUUUAGCUUUACACUACUCGAAUUUGAUUAUCGUAAUGGAGAAAAUGAUCAAGUCACCGCAACUAGUGGGCGUCGAUGCAAGAGAUGAUCUUUACUCCAUGUUACCAAACAGUAUCAGAUCGUCUCUAAGGAGCAGACUAAAAGGAGUCAGGUUUUCGGCCAGUGAUCCGGUUCUGGCCGGUGAAUGGAGAACAGCUCUGGGAAGGAUCUUGGGUUGGUUAUCGCCAUUAGCACACAACAUGAUCAAAUGGCAAAGCGAAAGGAGCUUCGAACAGCAGAAUUUGUUGCCCAAAACGAAUGUUCUUCUUCCACAAACUCUUUUCUUUGCGAACAAAGACAAGACCGAAGCAGCCAUUACCGAACUUCUGGUGGGUUUGAAUUACAUUUGGAGAUUCGAAAGGGAAAUGACAGCGAAGGCAUUGUUCGAGUGUAGCAACUUAAUGUGAAAAGCUGCAGUUAAUUUGCUUUACUGUUUUUCUUCCCUUUUCGAGGAUUUGAUUUUGAUUUUUUUUCCUACAAAAAAUUUAUAUGUCGAUGGUGCCUGAUCUUU